UAGGUGGAGGUGUGGCUAUUUGAUUAAUAGGUAAAUGGAUUUUGUUGAUGACAGUUUUGUAUCAGAACAAAAUUAGGGCAUAUACGUAUCAUUCGGUAUUGACUAUGAACAGAAAUGAUUAUAAUGUAUACGGAUUUCCGUUCAAUUCUGUAUAAACACGAAUCCCAGUGUGUUGACCUAUCCACAUUUUAUAUACUUUUGUAAGACAUGUUAUAUUAAAUUCACCGAAUAACAGCAGAAUUGUGAAUAAUUAACAACAUACCUAUGAGGUGGAGUUGAGUAAAGUAUAUGGGUUGCGAGGUCGUCGCCACCGAAGCAAGUAUUGAUUAUAUGAGGCGUGUGGGGGUAAUGACCCAGGCCGUCUGUAACUGACCUGCCUCAAAUAGCUGCCAGAGUUCACACUUCUAGUCUGGUUCGGAUAGUGACAGGACCUGUCUCAGUACCCUCUGCCUGUGAAUUCUGUCAAGUAUUGGUCAGCUAGGUGUUUGAAGUGUUCAAGGUCAGCAGAGAAAUCAGUCAGACAUAGAUGGACCAAAAUACUGAAAAUUCCCAGACGGGAAAUGGGGUACCUUUCAAAGUUGUUGACUUGACACGAGAAAAGAGGAAAGGUGUUGUGGCAACCACAUUGCAGGACCUUAUCGUUCGUGCUCGUGAUAAAAUGGGUCUUCCAAAGGAUAUUCCUGUGAAGAUUGUCUUAGAGCAAGAUGGUACAGAAGUUGAUGAUGACGAGUAUUUUAGUACAAUGGAAAGAAACACCACUCUUAUGGUUCUAAUUAAUGAUCAGCGAUGGUUACCUCCAGGAAAAUUACCCAGGUACCAAAUAAUAGUAGAUGAACCAGAUUCUAGUGGGAUGCAUACCAAAAGGAAUUUAGGUGGUUUGGUGGAACGGUUACAAGGUGAUCUUACUCAUAUAUCCAUGCUUGGUGGAAAAGAUCUGGAGUUAUUGAGUGAUAUGGAUCCUGAAAGUUUAGCAGACAUCAUGCCUGAUAACAGAACCUUCCUAGAGCAGCUGAAGGAAGCUAGUGGAAGAUUCCUGUCAGAAAAGCGACAGGCUCAGGAAGCCAUGGAGUUGCUCAAACUGUACCAUGCCUCCCAAUAGAAGGAGCAUAUGAAAGUAAAAUUGGGCACAUAGUCUGAGGUAUGAAUGGGGACUUCCCUCGCCCAGAAUUGGGUGAGUUACAUUUUGUACAUAACUUGUUUGCAAUUACUUGCCUGGUGUGUAUCAGUAAUUUGUAGCAACUGGUAUAAAUGUUUAACUACCCUUUUUCUGUAGGGUGCAGGUAUGAUAGUGAUAUCAAGAUUUUAAACAUUUUUUUAACAAUGUAAAGAUAUAACAAUCAUUAAAUGUGCAUUAAGAAGUGUUUGCUCCAAAAUUUGAAUCACCAGAUAUACGUUGCUCAUAAAAGUACCCAUAUUUAAUUCGUUUAAAGUUACCAUAUUACUGUUAAAGAAACCGUGUUGGUUUCCUUACAGUGAGUGCUCCAUAUAUAGAUUUUCCAAUAUGUACAAUAUAUAUCAUCAUAAUCAUUACCACCACCAAUGUGUCAUGAUUUUGUAUUGUGUAUAUUGUAAGUAAUGAAUUCUUGAAUGUUUUACUCAUAAAAUCUUUACACAGUGGUUUAAAUAUUUGUGUUCUUAAUAUUAUUACAAAUGUAACACCAAUAUUUCUUCCCCAAGAAAAAUGUACAUACUUUCAAAACAGUUUCCAGUAGGUGUAUACACACAUUUUUUUUAAAUUUCUUGUGGCAUUUAUAUUUCUUGGCCAGUUAGGAAAAAGGUAACUAUCAGUUAUUCUUAGCUUUCCAGUUCUGGUUUGCUUUUGCAAACUUCCAACAAGCUACCAUAAGGUUACUGCGGACUUCAGUCCUACUGAGUUAUGCAGUGCUGCUUUCACAUUAUUUUGUUGCAGGGUGAUCAUGAUACAGUUUGAUCUAACAUAUUUACUAGCAUGUAGCUCAGUGACUUAGAAGCCACUAAUGGUAGCUUCAUUAUUUCAGAUGAGGCUGACCAAUAGAAUGCUGUUCAUCAUAUACAGCACAAGUAUUAAGGGGUCAGUCCUGGAAACUGAACUCUAUAGUCCCCACAGUCACAUAUCAAUGUCAGAACGUUAAUUAAUUAUAAUCUGAAUUAAUGUUUCAGUUAUUGUUUGCUGUUUUGAUCAGUAAACUUCAGUUCAAAGCAAUGUAUUUCACAAAAUAUAGGUGCAUUUAGAAUGGGUGUGGGCCCAUAAUUAUUUAAAUUCAAAGUUUUCUAGCAUUAUUCUAAGUAGUUAUAUAGCCUACAUUUAUUUCUCUUUAUAUAUGCCUAUCAUGCUGUGAUUAACCUUUAUUGUCCAGGAUUAGAGGAUAUAAAUCUGCUACUACAACGCCAGCAGCUUGAUUUUAACUUUCCAAUAAUUGGAUUUAUAUUGCAAACAGUGUGACACUGGGCCCACUGGACCCAUGCAUGUGCUGAUACAGUUGUGAGAAGCACAGACAAUAAAGGUUACUUUGCUUUUAUUGUGACAUCCCAUGCAACCAACUUCACACUGCCAUCCAUAAUCUUAAAUAAUAAAAAGGAAAAUCGUUUUUCUGGAUGAAGAAUUACAGUCAGUUGUAAGAGUAUUUUUUUAAGCAUGAUGAAUCAAUUUGUCAUAUAACUUGCAUAUCUGUGGUACAGCUGACAUCCAGUACUGAUGUACUCUACAUACCACACCAGAAUAUCCCUGGGUGGACUAGGGCAGUGGUUCCCAACCAGCGGUGCAUGCACUCAAGAUAUGUUAAAUGUUAUUAGGAACAUGUAAUAAAAUGAACUUCUUGGUACUUGUAGAGCUUCUUUAAUGUUUACAGACUGCACCUACCAUUUUCUUGGAGAAAAGGUGUCAUAAAAGUGUGGGAACCACUGUAUUAAGGUAAAGCAGGGUGUUGAAACCUCUCAUUUUUGUGUAAUAGUACUCGACACAACUAGGAGACAUAUUGUUUUCUUUAUUGUUGUGUAUGCUCAUGAUACAGUGAAACUUGUCUAUGUUGGUCCACUCAUACUCAACCAAAUUAAGCUUGUGACUGACAUUUUUCUAUGUAGCCAGUAUAGGAAGGUGAAAAUGUUGUCACAGGGUUUGGAUUGAUUAUUGAACUACAAAUUCUUGUAACACACUUACUAUUCUACACAAUUUGGAAAUACGUCUGCAAGUAACUGCUGUUUCUUCUCUACUUGUUGCUUGGUAGUGGCUUUUAACAGUGGGGAUUCCUUCUACUGCUUCUGUGCUCAGCAGUUCCUGUCCUCACUGGCUGGUGAGUGUCUGCUAACCAUGGUACUGAACAGAACAUAAUUUGCUGCACGGUCGUCCAUGGUUUAGGAUCCUGUUGGGACCCAUGACCAUAUUUUUGUGUCUUCUAAGACAUCUGUGUCUUUUGAAAUGGGAGCUCUUUGAUGAGAGGAGGAGUUGAUCCUGUUGGUUGGUUGUGUAAAUUGCUGCUGGCCUUUGCCAAUAUGGUCAUUUGGUUCUGGGCCCUGUGGGACCUAUGACUGUAUUUUUCUGUCUCAUGACUUUGACUGGGUCAUGUGACCCUCUUCCAUGUUUUUGGUUUGGUCUGGUAAUUUGCUGCUGGUCUUUGCCAGCAUAGUCAUUCUUGGUGGGGAGAGCAGUGAUUAUAUUUUUCUGCCUCACAGCUCAUGUUGGCUGGUAAAUUGCUGCUGGCCUUUGCCAGCCCAGCCAAAUAGGUAAACAAAUGAUGAAAGUAAAGGUAUUUCACUUCUGAUGGGGAGGCUCAGUGGCAUGCCCAUUUCCCGCUUAUGCUGCACAUCUUAUGUCUUCUCUGAGAGCACAAUUCCAGCUUUCAGGUGUCGUGUCACAGUAUGUACAGAAUCAUCGCAUUAAAUGCAAGAAGGUGGGAAAGAUGGAUAUAAAUGAACGCGAUUUAUCUGGUUUCAUAAAAGCGUGGUCAAUUAUGGCAGGUGGCCAACUUCACAAGUUUCACUGUAGUGUAAUUAGAAUUAUUAUCAGAGUAGUUGGAGGCUGUGUUUAUUCUAUGUUAUUACUGUUACUGAACCUCUUAUGAAAUAUAGAUUUUUCCCCUCUAGGAAAGACUGCUUUUUUUUUUAGUAUGACUUAAGUCUAAUUGAUGCACCAAUUAUAUGUAUACUGAAGCUGAUACAGUAAUGUGCAAUGGUCCAGACUCCAACCAUUCAUCAUAUUAUCAAAAGAGAAAUACACAUCACCUUUUUAAAUUACUUUGACCACAGAUCAUUUUAAAAGUGGGUUUUGUUUCAGGCAACUUUAAAAAGCAGCUUGAUGGCUCAGAGUUAAGUGACUGUGGUCUGUGAAGUGGCAUAUAACAGAAUGAAUGUUAACAAGUUUCUGUUUAGGAAUAUGAAAGAAACAGAACACAAGUUAUUAGUACAGGAAACUGGGGCAGAUUGAAGUAGUCUGUUUAGUCCAUGAUAUGUUACGCAUAUAUAUACAUACAUAAUAAUUUCAUAGAAUCUUUAUAUUUGAGGCCGUUGUCUCACUCUAGAACAAGUUUGUUGGGAGCUUAUUUACAU